CUGACGGUGUUGUGUUAAAUUCUCUUCAUGCUAUUUUGUAAACAGACAACUGCAACAAAAAAUAUUGAAAAAUGAACCAAGAGGCAGAAAAAGAAGAAAAACUAAGGGAAUCAGCUUGUAUUGGUGAUCUUGAUCAACUUAAGAAGUUGAUCGAAUACGGCAACAUAAAUAUCAAUUCACAAAAUAACAUAAAUGGAUGGACUGCUCUUCAUUGGGCAUGCAAGAGAAAUCAUGUGGCAGUUGUCAAGUAUCUUCUAUCAAAAGGUGCUGACAAAACCAUACAGAAUUCCAAUAAAGAAUUGGCAGCACAGUUGACAAACACUGCAGAAAUACGCCAUAUUCUAGAUUAUUCUGGUAAUGCUGCCGAGGGUGCUUCAUUGCCUAUUCUCCCUAGUUACCUGAAGCAUCCGGUGUUUCCAUACAUAAAAGACAGGGCCGACGAACCAAAUCCUGUUCCAGAUGUAAACGGGCAUGUCCAGUACCAGCAACAUACUGUGCAGGCUAAUGCAGGUCCAGUAGACCCAAAUGAGAUAGUGCUGAAAUCGAGAGUGGCAUAUUCAAUGGAAAGAGACUUUAUCGAGGUUGAACUUCUUCGCAGUAAACUAACGUAUGAAGGAUUAAUGUCGUUACUUACAAAAGAACUCGGAGUCGAUCGUCAUUUGGUACACAAGAUCAGAAAAUUACCUAACACUAUUAUACGGAAAGAUAAGGAUGUUCAGCGAUUGGUUGACUAUCAGGAGCUUGAACUUGUAUUGACCAAUAAGGCGAUGAGUGCGAUGUCGAGGAACUACUCGGAUGUGUCGGGCAGCGAUGGUUUUAAACAUGAACAAAUACUGUAUUAGAUAUUAUUCUAUACUCCCUGAACUUAGUUUUUUUAUUGACUUUAAAAUUAUUAAGCUCAGUAUUGAUGCAGUAAUAAAAUUUUGUUUUAUCAGUAUUUUGAUAUUUUUAUAUCAUAAAUGAACAUUUAUAAGUAAUUUCUGCAUCACAGAUUGUUUAGAAUAACUAAAUAAGUAUCUCAUUUUUGUUUUCUCAAUAAUGGUUACUUUCAUUUUGGUUAGAAAAUGGGAUAUUCUAAUCUCUACCUUAUAAAAUUUUAAAAAAGACAUUUUUUUUAAGAUUUAAAACAUGUUUUACACAGUGCAAUCUAUUUACUUACCUAGAUUAAAAACUUUAAUGUGAUGCUUUUCUUAAAAAAUAUUCAUUUUUGUGUUUAUUUAUUUAAAUCUUUAUUCACCUAUCACAGUAUUUAAUUGUCCAUACAAAUCCAAACUGUCUCCAACUAUUACCUUAUUUAUGUAAAAUGUUUCAUUUUUAAACUUAAUCGUUUUUUCC